UAGAAAUUGAAGCUUUUUCCACUUAAAAUAAAAUAAUUUACAUAAUUCGAAAUAAUAAGACAGUUUCUCAUAUACGUCGAAUCCGAAAUCAUGGUAGACGGCAUCCACGUCCUCGACAGGUACUACCUCGCCAUCACACUACUUAUUACAAUCGCAUACCAGCUAUUCUUCUUCUCAAUCGCAUUCAGCCUCAAAUUCGACAAAUUAACAGACUUCGCCGGAGGCACCAACUUCGUAGUCCUAGCCAUCAUCACCUUAGCAUUCAGCCGCAACCCCGAUGCACGGCAGAUAGUCGCAUCGGUGUUCAUCAUGGCCUGGGGCCUGCGUCUCUCGCUCUUCCUGCUAUAUCGCGUGCUCAAGACGGGCAAGGACGAUCGCUUCGACGACAAGCGCGAUAAAUUCUUCCCUUUCCUCGGCUUCUGGGUGUUCCAGAUGCUGUGGGUGUGGAUUGUGUCGUUGCCCGUCACGGUGUUGAAUUCGCCCGCUGUCCGGGAGUACUCUCCCCAAGCGUCUUUUGGGACAGGUCGGGAUAUCGCGGGCGUGGUUUUGUUUGCGAUUGGAUUUGUUAUGGAGAGUGUGAGCGAUGUGCAGAGGAUGGUGUUUAGGGCGAAGAAUGAUAAGAGCGCGUUUUGCGAUACGGGGUUCUUUGGCUGGUGUCGGCAUCCGAAUUAUUUUGGCGAGAUUAUUAUGCAGUUCUCUAUUUACAUGAUAGCAGUUUCUGCCGCGGCAGACGGCUCGGUCGGCGGACAAGCCUUUAAAGCCCUCUACGCCACGAUUUUGGGGCCGUUCUUCCUCACCAUCCUUCUUAUGUUUGUAUCAGGCCUUCCGCUUUCCGAGCGCCCUGGAGCCAAGAAGCGUUAUGAGAAUGGUCUGAGUUGGGAUGCUUACCAGCGGUAUCUGAAUCGCACUAGCAUUCUUAUUCCAUUUCCUCCUCAGAUCUAUGAGAAGCUUCCUACUUUCGCCAAGAGGACUGUAUUCCUCGAGUUUCCCAUAUACGUGUUUGACCCUGCCAAGCAUUCGGAUAUCGCAAAACAACAACCUGCGACGAGAUGAGACUAUUAUCGGUACAGACGAUCGGAAGAUUUUGAGUCGUUCAAAAGCAGCUUUGUAAAUUUAAUGGCGAGGGAAGCCAUUUUGGGAACAAAAUCAUUAAAUAUUCAUAAUCAU